GGAGGUGUUUUCCAGCUUUAAAAAGGCAGGAGGCAGAGCGCGGCCCUGCGUCAGAGCGAGACUCAGAGGCUCCGAACUCGCCGGCGGAGUCGCCGCGCCAGAUCCCAGCAGCAGGGCGCGGGCACUGGGGCGCGGGCAGGGCUCGGAGCCACCGCGCAGGUCCUAGGGCCGCGGCCGGGCCCCGCCACGCGCGCACACGCCCGUCGAUGACUUUCCUCCGGGGCGCGCGGCGCUGAGCCCGGGGCGAGGGCUGUCUUCCCGGAGACCCGACCCCGGCGGCGCGAGGCGCCAGCUCUCCCGUGCCUCCGCCCGCCGCUCCGCUCCCCGCCGCCGCCGCGCGGAUGCCAAGCACCAGCUUUCCAGUCUCUUCCAAGUUUCCACUUGGCCCUGCGGCUGCGGUCUUCGGGAGCGGAGAAACUUUGGGGCCCGCGCCGCGCGCCGGCGGCACCAUGAAGUCCGCGGAGGAAGAACACUAUGGCUAUGCGUCCUCCAAUGUCAGCCCUGCCCUGCCGCUCCCCACAGUGCACUCCACCCUGCCGGCCCCGUGCCACAACCUUCAGACCUCCACACCGGGCAUCAUCCCGCCGGCGGAUCACCCCUCGGGGUACGGAGCAGCUUUGGACAGUGGGCCCGCGGGCUACUUCCUCUCCUCCGGCCACACCAGGCCUGAUGGGGCCCCUGCCCUGGAGAGUCCUCGCAUCGAGAUAACCUCGUGCUUGGGCCUGUACCACAACAACAACCAGUUUUUCCACGAUGUGGAGGUGGAAGACGUCCUCCCCAGCUCCAAACGGUCCCCCUCCACGGCCACGCUGAGUCUGCCCAGCCUGGAGGCCUACAGAGACCCCUCGUGCCUGAGCCCGGCCAGCAGCCUGUCCUCCCGCAGCUGCAACUCGGAGGCCUCCUCCUAUGAGUCCAACUACUCGUACCCGUACGCGUCCCCCCAGACGUCGCCAUGGCAGUCUCCCUGCGUGUCUCCCAAGACCACGGACCCCGAGGAGGGCUUCCCCCGCGGGCUGGGGGCCUGCACACUGCUGGGUUCCCCGCGGCACUCGCCCUCCACCUCGCCCCGCGCCAGCGUCACUGAGGAGAGCUGGCUGGGUGCCCGCUCCUCCAGGCCCGCGUCCCCGUGCAACAAGAGGAAGUACAGCCUCAACGGCCGGCAGCCGCCCUACUCACCCCACCACUCGCCCACGCCGUCCCCGCACGGCUCCCCGCGGGUCAGCGUGACCGACGACUCGUGGUUGGGCAACACCACCCAGUACACCAGCUCAGCCAUCGUGGCCGCCAUCAACGCGCUGACCACUGACAGCAGCCUGGACCUGGGUGAUGGCGUCCCUGUCAAGUCCCGCAAGACCACCCUGGAGCAGCCGCCCUCAGUGGCGCUCAAGGUGGAGCCCGUCGGGGAGGACCUGGGCAGCCCCCCGCCCCCGGCCGACUUCGCUCCCGAAGACUUCUCUUUCCAGCACAUCAGGAAGGGCGGCUUCUGCGACCAGUACCUGGCGGUGCCGCAGCACCCUUACCAGUGGGCGAAGCCCAAGCCCCUGUCCCCUACGUCCUACAUGAGCCCGACCCUGCCCGCCCUGGACUGGCAGCUGCCGUCCCACUCAGGCCCGUAUGAGCUUCGGAUUGAGGUGCAGCCCAAGUCCCACCACCGAGCCCACUACGAGACAGAGGGCAGCCGGGGGGCCGUGAAGGCGUCAGCCGGAGGACACCCCAUUGUGCAGCCAGCAGGUGAGGAAGUGGAUGCUGCGUGGCUGUCCCUUGGCGGCUUCACCUGGAAUGUCACCGUGGACCCCAGAGCCCGAAGCCCCGGCAAGCACAGAAAUCACACCGGCAGCCUGUCCCACUUCGGGCAGCUGCAUGGCUACUUGGAGAAUGAGCCGCUGAUGCUGCAGCUUUUCAUUGGGACGGCGGAUGACCGCCUGCUGCGCCCGCACGCCUUCUACCAGGUGCACCGCAUCACAGGGAAGACCGUGUCCACCACCAGCCACGAGGCCAUCCUCUCCAACACCAAAGUCCUGGAGAUCCCACUCCUGCCGGAGAACAGCAUGCGAGCCGUCAUUGACUGUGCCGGAAUCCUGAAACUCAGAAACUCCGAUAUUGAACUUCGGAAAGGAGAGACGGACAUCGGGAGGAAGAACACACGGGUACGACUGGUGUUCCGCGUUCACGUCCCGCAGCCCAGCGGCCGCACGCUGUCCCUGCAAGUGGCCUCCAACCCCAUCGAAUGCUCCCAGCGCUCGGCUCAGGAGCUGCCUCUGGUGGAGAAGCAGAGCACGGACAGCUAUCCGGUCGUGGGCGGGAAGAAGAUGGUCCUGUCCGGCCACAACUUCCUGCAGGACUCCAAGGUCAUUUUCGUGGAGAAAGCCCCAGAUGGCCACCACGUCUGGGAGACGGAAGCGAAAACCGACCGGGACCUGUGCAAGCCGAAUUCUCUGGUGGUUGAGAUCCCGCCGUUUCGGAAUCAGAGGAUAACCAGCCCCGUUCACGUCAGUUUCUACGUCUGCAACGGGAAGAGAAAGCGAAGCCAGUACCAGCGUUUCACCUACCUUCCCGCCAACGUUCCAAUUAUAAAAACAGAACCCACUGAUGAUUAUGAGCCUGCUCCAACCUGUGGACCGGUGAGCCAGGGGUUAAGUCCUCUCCCAAGACCAUACUACAGCCAGCAGCUCGCGAUGCCACCCGACCCCGGCUCCUGCCUCGUGGCCGGCUUCCCGCCCUGUCCGCAGAGAAGCACCCUGAUGCCAGCGGCCCCCGGCGCGAGCCCCAAGCUCCACGACCUUUCUCCCGUCUCCUACACCAAGGGCGUCGCCAGCCCAGGCCACUGUCACCUCGGACUCCCGCAGCCGGCCGGAGAGGCCCCCGCCAUCCAGGACGUGUCCAGGCCAGUGGCCACGCACCCCGGCUCGCCCGGGCAGCCACCCCCGGCCCUGCUGCCGCAGCAGGUGAGUGCGCCUCCAAGCAGUAGCUGCCCCCCUGUUCUCGAACACUCGCUCUGCCCCAGCAGCCCCUCUCCUCCACUCCCGCCCGCCGCCCAAGAGCCGACCUGCCUGCAGCCCUGCAGCCCAGCGUGCCCGCCCGCCACGGGCCGCCCGCAGCACCCGCCGCCCACGGUCCGCAGGGACGAGUCUCCGACCGCCCGGCCACGGCUGCUGCCAGAGGCGCAUGAGGACAGUAGUCCUAAUUUGGCCCCUAUUCCUGUAACGGUCAAGCGAGAGCCUGAAGAGUUGGACCAGUUGUACCUGGAUGACGUAAAUGAAAUAAUACGAAAUGACCUCUCCAGCACGAGCACCCACUCCUAGUUGCCACAUUGGAGCACUCAGUUCAGCGGGGGUAUGCUGACUUCAGCAGACAAAGACUUCUGAAUAAAUAAACUGAACGCACACCUGGUACCACUCAGGACCUCCAACUGACUGAAUGCCAGGAGCUGAACAUUAAUAUGUGCAAAGAUUGGCUCUCCAACAAGAAGGAAAGCAGGGAGGAAGGGAGAUCAGUGUGUCUCCUGGAGAAGUCAUCUCAUGACAACAGAAGGGAGGUGGCUGGGCUGAGCACGGGAGACCCACCGUGCAGGGGCCUUUCAUGGGAACGGCCCACGCGCAGUUUGACCCCACGCCCAGCCCUUCUGGCACCCCUGGGGUUCAAUACUGGAAGUGCCUUAUUUAACUAGACUAUCAGGGUAUCAUAGAAUUGAGCAUUGAAUUUGCUACUGUAGGAGUAUUGGUAGGAGCAGAAACUGCAAACACAUUUCAUUGUGAGGUUUUACCCUUUGUAUGAAUGAAGAGAACACUGGCAGGCUGUGAGAGGACCCUAAUAUGAGUCUCCUACGUUUGGAACCUGGGCUGUCACGUACAAGCCUGCUGCCUUACGCAGUGCGUUUUAGAAUCUUCCAGUCUGUCAUCUCAGCUCUUUUGUAACACGCUUCCCUUGUCUGCGCGGUUGAAACCGUAGGCUUGUUCAUGGUCGCAUGCUCGCAUCUUUGUUUUUAAUCUGGCUUCGAACAUGGCACAACUAAGUUGAAUAGCACAUCAAUAGGUUACUGGACAAAAGCAGAAAAACCUGUUACAGGGUAGACUGCAUUUGCAUGUGUGUACAUAUCUGGGCAUCUAUUUAUGUAUAAAUAAUAACAGAGCCGACGUGUCCUCGCCCGGGAGGGCUUCCCUGUCAGCAAUAACCGGCAUCCGUUUUGGAACCUGCGUCUGGGGCUCCAGGCGCUGCUCUUGCUGGCGUCCAUCGCCGCAUCGGACGGCCGUGCGUUUUCUCAUCUCGCGCAGUUCGAGGAGGACCCUAGAAAGCCAGGAGCUGUGAUUCACAGUAGCUGUAGGUUACCAGACGGCAACAUUAGAAAGUGAUUGUAAAUAACGUGCAACAUAAGUGUAAUAUAUUUGUUCAGUUAUAAGAUGAUUGUUUCACAGAAGCCUUACCACUCUCUGCUUCAUCUAAGGAAACCAAAAACGCCGCUUUAAUGCUCAGCCCUGCGUCAUGUGUUUUUAGAUGAGUUACUGUUAACAGGUAGGUUCGUGUACGCUUUGCUGGGCACUUUGUACAAUUAAUUGCUUAUUACGUAUGAUUACUCGCAGCGAUCUAUUGUUCAUAUAACCAAAAAGCAUGGUUUAUUCAUUAAAACACAGUUGACCUGAACUCGUGCCUUAGGAAUUAAUGCCCCCUUAUGGAACCUGCCUGAAUUGCACCUGCGGGUGGAGGCUCCGGCUGUGAAGUCACUGAACAGAACGUCACUGAUGGAGAAAGGGCUCCUGCGGAAGGAACGGCCUGUACCGUGCGCUCCGGCACAGUCGCGUCUCUUGUGUCUCACUCACAGAAAGAAACAACCCGAAGGCCAUCCCGUCGGUCUGCACAUAACCGUGAAGACGUGUGGCCGCGUCCCACCUGCGGCUGGGUACCCUGCACCCAGCAUUGUAGGAGUCAUGUGCAGCCUUUUUCAGGGGCCUGUCUUCGAAAAGGAAACGUUUGAUGUCUGUGUCAGCUGUCUUUGUAGUUAGGAAAUAGAUCCAAUAAAGCCGUAUUUUUUUGCUGGA